AUGGCUUCCUUGAAAAACGUUGGAGCUCUAACUCUCCUUCUUCUCCUCCUACUUUCAUUGACAGUGCAAACUUCCGGCAAGGAAGAUGCCAGCGGAGCGGGAUCGAAAUGCGGUGAUCCCAAGAGAGGAUCCGAGGAACAGACAUCAGCCUUAAAGCUGAAGGUGAUAGCAAUAUUCACGAUACUGAUUGCUAGCAUCUUGGGCAUCUCUUUUCCCAUACUUCUACAAGGCAUGCCACUGCUUAAACCGGAUGGAAAAGUGUUCGUUUUGAUUAAGGCAUUUGCGUCGGGGGUUAUCCUGGCCACAGGCUACGUUCACGUGCUGCCGGAUUCAAUUGAGAGCUUGACUUCUCCAUGUCUGCCGCAGGCUCCAUGGAGCAAAUUCCCAUUUUCAACGUUCAUAGCCAUGGUUGCAGCGGUUUUAACACUGAUGAUGGAUUCUUUUGCAAUGAGUUAUUACAAGAAACAUGGUAUGAGUGGAGCAGAAUGCGAAUAUGGGGAUCACAUAGAGAAUGAUCAGGGACAUUCUCAUGGACACGGACAUGGAGUUGGUGUGAAGAAGCUUGAUGACGAAUCCUCAAAACUAUUGAGAUAUCAAAUUAUCGCUCAGGUGCUAGAACUGGGAAUUGUGGUGCACUCAGUGGUGAUUGGGCUGUCAAUGGGGGCCUCUGAAAAUGCCAGUACAAUCAGGCCUCUCAUUGCUGCUCUUUGUUUCCAUCAAUUCUUUGAAGGAAUGGGGCUUGGAGGAUGCAUUCUACAGGCUGAAUACAAGGCAAGGACGAAGGCCAUCAUGGUGUUUUUCUUCUCGGUCACCACCCCCUUGGGGAUCGCGCUGGGAAUCGGCUUAUCAAAGGUGUACAGCGACGACAGCCCGACGGCUCUGAUAGUGGUUGGAGUGCUGAACGCUACAUCUGCUGGGCUACUGAAUUACAUGGCGCUGGUGGACCUGCUGGGCGCUGAUUUCAUGGGCCCCAAAUUGCAAUCAAACAUGAAGCUUCAAAUGUGGGCUUAUGUCGCUGUCAUAUUGGGCGUUGGUGGUAUGUCCGUGAUGGCAAUAUGGGCGUGA